GACCCAUAUUGAAAUUCAUUCACGGUGAAUACGGACGUUCUUUUGUCGUGGGUGAAUGAAAAGUUGGUGAGAAAGAGACUAGAGAUAGCUAAAACCAAAAGGAGUCCAUCAUGGCAAAACAUCACCCUGAUUUAAUAUUUUGCCGUAAACAACCUGGUGUUGCUAUUGGAAGGCUUUGUGAAAAAGAUGAUGGCAAAUGUGUAAUAUGUGAUUCAUACGUGCGUCCUUGCACUUUGGUUCGAAUCUGUGACGAAUGUAAUUAUGGCUCAUACCAGGGACGUUGUGUUAUAUGUGGUGGUCCAGGAGUAUCAGAUGCGUAUUAUUGUAAAGAAUGCACUGUGCAGGAAAAAGAUCGAGAUGGCUGUCCGAAAAUUGUAAACUUGGGAAGCUCGAAAACGGACUUGUUUUACGAAAGAAAGAAAUACGGCUUUAAGAAACGCUAAUCAAAAUGAAACUCCUGUCAAAAGAUGAUCUCGAUGAUGGUACUGUAUUUUGAUGAAUGGAUACGUCAGUAGUGAAAUAAAGAGAAUUGGGAAUAUGAAGAGACGGAACGUGAAAUUUUUAUGUUUUUUGUAAAUAUUUCUACCUUUUUCACAUUAAGAAUGUCUUCUUUCGCGAA